AUGGUCGCCAUGGCGCGAGCGGCAAUGGUAGCGGUGCUGGUAGCAUGUCUUGUCGACCUCUCGCUUGCUUUCUCUCUCCAAGCACAGCCAACUCUCUUCCGCCAUGGUGUGAGGAGAGCCUUCGUGGUCAGGAGCCCUCCUGCGUUCAGAUGCCACACCAAGAGGACAAGGAUCGGGCAGCAGAAGUCAUGCCCUGCGCUCGUGUACAUGAAUGCGAAGGAUGAGUUCAUCCCCGCAACUGUCGUGAGCAACGAGGAAGCAGCUUCGGGGCUGUACAAGAUAAUGCUUCAGGUUGACCCUGCAGUGUGUACCUCAUACAAGAUCCCAGGGCAGUACCUGAAGGUCAGGAAGGAUUCCAGCAUGGAGAAGCCUGGCUUCUUCGCUAUUGCCAGCCCCCCCAAGGCCGAUUCCAACGUGUUGGAGUUCCUGAUCAAGAAGAGGCUCGACGGUAGAAGUGACUUCAGGGCAGGGACGAGGUAUGCGGGAGUUGACAACGUUAAGCAAGUCCUCAUGUUUGCGACCGGCUCUGGGAUCUCACCGCUGAAGGCUGCCAUUGAGAGCCAGGAGCUCUCGUCCAAGAACGUCAAGCUCUACUACGGAGCGCGAUCAGCAGGCAAGAACUCCAUGGCAUACAUGGACAAGUUCGCUGACUGGGAGAAAAUGGGCGUCGAGGUCAUCCCAACCCUCUCGAAGCCCGGCGACAAGUGGGAUGGACGCACAGGAUACGUGCAGGAAGUUUGCAAGGCCGAUGGUGUGAAGGACCCACAAUCAACCGUCGCUCUGCUGUGUGGAGUGAAGGGGAUGGUAGACGAGGUCAAGACAGUCUUGAAGGAUGCGGGAGUGCCGGAGUCGAACAUCUUGCUGAAUUUCUGA